AUGGCUCAAGCUUUGGGAUUUGCGUACCGUAUGGCUGUCCCUGCGGCCGUUGGUAUCGCGGUGCUACAGUCGUCAAUCUACGAUGUCAAGGGUGGAUCCAGAGCCGUUAUCUUCGACAGGCUGUCUGGUGUCAAGGAAACUGUCAUCAACGAGGGCACGCAUUUCCUCGUGCCGUGGUUGCAGAGGAGCAUCAUCUUCGAUGUACGGACGAAGCCCAGAAACAUCGCCACGACGACGGGCAGCAAGGAUCUCCAGAUGGUCAGCCUGACCCUCCGUGUGCUGCAUAGGCCUGAAGUCCAGGCUCUCCCUAAGAUCUACCAGAACCUUGGUCAAGACUAUGACGAGAGAGUUCUCCCCUCCAUCGGCAACGAAGUCCUCAAGUCGAUCGUUGCGCAGUUCGACGCCGCAGAGCUCAUUACUCAGCGUGAGGCUGUUUCGCAGCGCAUCAGCUCCGACCUGAGGAAGCGCGCCGCCGAGUUCAACAUUGCCCUCGAGGACGUCUCCAUCACGCACAUGACCUUCGGCAAGGAGUUUACCAAGGCUGUUGAGCAGAAGCAGAUCGCUCAGCAGGAUGCCGAGCGUGCGCGCUUCAUCGUCGAGAAGGCCGAGCAGGAGCGUCAGGCCAACGUCAUCCGCGCCGAGGGCGAGGCCGAGAGUGCCGAGACCAUCAGUAAGGCCAUCGCCAAGAACGGCGACGGCCUCGUUCAGAUUAGAAAGAUCGAGGCUAGCAGAGAAAUUGCCGCGACUCUUUCAGCGAACCCCAAUGUCGCCUACUUGCCCAGCGGCGGCAAAAACGGCAGUCAGAUGUUGUUGAACGUCGGACGGCCGUAA